AUGAACCAGCUAGCGAGCAGCACGCCGGAGUUGCCACUCGACGUGGCCCUCCGAGAUGGGCCUCGGGGACUCAGGAUGGCGCAAGAGGAAACUUCCCGGGCGCUCCCCGGACCGCCAGGCAGAGGAGGACUGUGGCCCGCCGCAACGCGUUCUGUGCGCGGUUUCCCUGGUCGUGACAGGACCGUGGACGGCCAGGAGGAGGCUGCCGUCGCCAGCCCGCUGCUGGAAGACGUCAGGCGGCGGCUGGUGCGCGCCUUGCAGCUCGCGGUGUCGCUCCGCAGCUCCGGGCGCUCCCGGGAGGCGGCGUCGGCGCAGCAGGAGCAGAAGCGCGCGCGCUCGGAGAACGCUCUGACCCGGCUACGCGCGGAGCUGCUGGAAAUGCGUUUUCAAAAUCGUCAGCUAGCCAGAUCUUCGCUGGAUUUAAACAUGAAAAUGCAGCAAUUGAAAAAGGCUGGUGAUCUGGAAAUUGCCCCAGAAUCUCAAAGCUUGGAAGAUAAUGCUGUGAAGGUGGAAAAAUGA